AUGGCAUCGUCGCUAUCGCCUGCGCCCACCCCGGAGGCUCUCUCACUUCCAACAGAGAUAAACGUGGCGACGAGACACCUCCACACCCGCCUCAACCGCCUCAUAACCACCCGCCUCCCCCUCGCCCUCCCACCCCACACCUCCACCCCCCACCUCUACGCCUUCGGCCUCCGCCACUUCGCACAAGUGUACUCAAUCUUCGAGUCCCUCUGGCGUGAUCUCGCUCCCGCCCCGGGCCACGCCCCCUCCCCACCAGGUCCCAUCUGCAUCACCCCACCGCCUACGCCCUUCCCACCACCGGAUCCCCGUGUUCUUGCCUUCCUCUCCACGCUCCGCCCACCAGGCCUCGCGCGCUCGCAGCGCCUACGCAAAGAUUUAGAUGCGCUGUGUAACGCGCUGCUGCCUGUUGACCUGGAGCUCGCGGCCGAGCUGUCGGGGCCUCCGGCUGGGGAGCAGCUGCAUGAGUACUGCGUCCAUAUGCGAGAGGCUGUGAGUGCGAGACCGCACGUCCUCGUUGCGUACGCGUGGGUCAUGUAUAUGGCUGUCUUCUCCGGGGGACGGUGGAUCAGGGGACAGUUGGUUGGGGCUGGGGAGGGAUUUUGGAGGGGGAUCAGGUAUGGUCAUAGGGAUAGUGGAGAGGAGGAGAAGGAGGAGAGGGGGCUUGAACAGGUGGGCCUGUCGUUCUGGCAUUUUGUGGGUGAGGGAGAUGGUGAGGAUAUCAAGAGGGAGUUUAAACGGCGGUUGGCGGAGGCUGAGACCGUUUUUACGGAGAAGGAGAGGUGGGAGGUGGUUGAGGAGGCGGUGGAGAUUUUUAGGCGGAGUUUGCUGCUGGUGGAGGAGCUUGAUGAGCUUCUGGGGAGCCAUGCGCAAGGGCUAGUGGAGACGGACAAGAUGUCAGCCGCGCGACACGGAGCGGCUGCGCAUCAGAUGGUGGUGAGGAAGCCGCGGACGUGGUUCAGCAAAUCGGGUUUCGCUGGUCUGGCGGUUUUGCUGAGCUUUGUAUCAUGGUUUGCAGUCUCUCAUUGCAGCGUCACCGUAUUGGGCAAGAAAGAGUGGGAUGAUUUCUCUUGA